AUGGUUCCACGAUUCGUGUUGGAUGUGUAUUACAACUUUUCCUUGAAAGAGCUCGGGAUCCAUUUCCACACCGCUCAACAGGCCCAGAAAUACCAGGCACUCAACCGUGAGGGCCGCAUCUUGGCCGGAAACGAGAAGAUGGUGUGGAUUCCCAUCCCCAGCGGGAUGACGGACAUUCGGGGAAGUUCGUUCGGCUUUGUCAUGUGCUUUGAGAGUGCGGAUGCUGCAUCAACAUGGUGCAAGCGCGUGGUUUUGGGAGUGCCCUACGAUGGCCGGGAUCACAACACCAAAGAAGCAUAUAUAGUCAGAGAGUGGAGUGAAGAUGACUUGGAACAGAAGCUUGCAGGGAGAGCAGGACAGUUGGGGCUGCCCGGACAGAUGCCCGAGCACCGUGGACCGAGUCCGGGACGUGAAUUUAGGGCGACCGGACGAGUGGAAGGAGAAAAGAAAAAGGAUCCUGUGGGCUUUGGUAUUGAGCGUCCACGAGACUCAGAUACAGCAAGAUAUGGCAUUCCAUCCCACAUCAACACAAAGGGGAAGUAA